AUGAGUCAGUCGACCGGUAUAAAUAAACAAACAAGUGAAUCGACAAAACCAUCGCUACCGAACCCGGAAGACACUAAACGUGAGAAAGAAACGACAUACAUCGACACUGUUCUCGAAGUCAACGACAACGAAUUCGUUGGAAAAGAACGACUUCGCACACAGAUUGACGAGCAGUUAAAAGAAUUCGAAACAUGGUACGCAAACGGAAAAUGGUUGGAUUUCCACAAUCACCAUUACGAUUGGUGGAUGUUUCCAAUUGAUGAAAUCAGUAGUCGUGGAAAAGCGUAUUGUUUGCCUCCCGACGUACUCAAUGAAUUAAAACAAGACAAGAACUUCGUUGACAAACUCCGCCGAGGUGUUAAGCUCAUGGUCAGCAGUUGGGGAUGGGAUAUUGAUGCAUGUCGAAACUUUGAUAAAGAUAAACGAGCUGACAAACAGAAAUGGUCAUAUUGGCCAGUUCGAUUGUACAAAGCUGGUAAAUGCAUGUGGUUAUUUGGCCAAAAUGAUUACUACAAAUCGCUGAGACAAUUGGCUGAAUACAUUCGAGACAAGGACAAAGAAAAACUCGAUUAUUUUUCACAUACUAAAAAUGGCAAAGCUAAUGUGAUCGAACAAUGGGAUGAAUUAGAACGAUGUUAA